CUCAGUAUUUAUCCAUGUUACUAAAUUGAAUUAGUUUCGUCCUGUUGACAAGAAUAAAUUCGAUUAAAAAGUCGUCAUGUUUUUUACUUUAUUGGCGGGAUUUCGUUUCCAAAUAUUAAUUACGCCCUCCGAGAUUUCUUGUCAACAUUUUUAUGGACAAAAAAUAUGACGACAUUCGUCUAAUCAGAUGUUGUCAAGAUGCCUAAAUACAUUACAUAAAAACAAUGACAUAAGACGUCAUUUUGCGUUAAUACGUGUCGACUUUUGAAAUGUCCUUUUGUCGAACAGAAAACAGCGUUGAUACUUUAACUCCAGUGAAAAGUCGACAAUAAGAACAACAAAGCAAUCUCUAUACAUAAACAUCUUUCACAAGUCAAGUGAAUUCAAUGACUAUUUCAGAAAGAGCUCAAAACGCAGGAGGUAGACCGUUGGCUGACCGGGUGAUUAGGAGCCAUAAUGACUCAAGAAUCAAUCAGAGACCGCAAACAUAUUCUAAUAACGAAUCAGAAUGUGUCUGUUGUCAGCCGUGUAGAAAAUCCAUGGAAUUGACAGUUUAUAUUUUGCAUUUAACAGUUAUUGCCACAGCAAGAUUUGUUUUUGGUUUGUUUAUGGUUGGCACAGACAAAGUGAGCGGCGGUGUUGCCAUUUUUGAAAUAGUAAAAGGAGCAACUGAUUUCAUAAUUGCAAUAACACUUUGGCAAAAUGUGAAUUGCCUUGAUCUUAAAUAUUUUACCUCGGUUCUGAUACUGGCUUCAGCAAUAUUGACUGGUUUUGGUACGUAUUUUAUAUUGAGAGACAUGUUAAAUACAUACUACAUUGGACUGUAUACAAUAGUGGACUGGGUUAUGAUAGUCUGCAUUAUUCGGUAUACGUAUUGUGUAGUUAAAGACGACUAAUUAAAUUUGACAUUUCUGUCUGACGUGCUUAAAAUAUGUUAUGAAAUAAACAAGACAAUAUUCAAACAUUUAACUACCUUAGAAGUGAUUUUGAAUAAAUAUUUUAAUGAUAUCUAUUAUAUUGUGUUUAUCUGAAUUGUAUUAAGAUUAGCCAUAACAAAACAUUUUUUCCAUUGAAAGAUUUAUAUUAUAGCUAACAAUGCACUCAGGGCAUUUAAUUGCUAAGUUAAACUUCAACAUCACCAGCAUUUUAGUGUAGAUGUUUAUGAUUAUUGACUAUAGCUUCUUGCUUCAUGCAUGCUUGGAAUUUUGCUGUUACAUAUAAUAGUAUUUUAAAAUAAUUAUUAAAAAGGUAAUGAUUCAAAUAAUCUCACUCCGGAAGUAACGUUAAAGUAUCAUCCAUAUUCAACAAACAAUAAAAAAAGAGAAAUGAAAAGUUCGUGAUUGUCUUUCUCUUUUGCAUCUUGUUUUGUGGACCCUUUAUAUAAACAAAGCCUCUCUUAAGAUUUGUCUAUGAUAGAAUUCCUAAAUUCCGUUUAUAAGCCGUUUAUCCUUUUAUUUUUAAAUUUAGUUCAGCCUGUAUUGUAACAUUAUUACAAAGAUCUUUGUUUUGCAUUUUAUUAAUAUGCCAACGUAUCAAAAGAUUUAUAUGAUCUUCCUAAAUUUAUAUUUACAGUCUACUCACAAAUUAGAGAAAACAAUCAAUUUCUAUUUCAAGCUUAAUCAUAGAUUGGCAUAAAGAAAAUAAAAAUGGGCAUUUUUUGCACACUUAGAUGAAACUAUCUUUCUUUUGCCAUCCGGCUUGUUAGUUAAAAAUACUCAAAAUUGUUAAUAAAGUUGGUUUAUAAUGCAACUAUUUGCUAUUAUAUUAAUUCUUUGUUAUCAUUAGUUGUUAAAAAAGGUAUUAUGUAUUCUUACUGCGCGUUUUAUUUUCUAGGUUUUUUUCAGAUCUUAUUUCAGAGAGUAGUUGCACAAUUUUUAGUCUUUGUAAAGCCUUGGCGCUUGUCACUGCUUAAAGAAAAGAUUUAUAUAAAAAUUGAUUUGUAUUUUUUAU